CCCUCCUCUUUCUAGUUUUUCCUCUCAUCUUCCAUUCUAAAUCCAAAACCCUUGAAGCCUUCAACCUCCUAUUCCGCCUACAAUGCUUCUUGUUCUUCUUCGAAUCAAAAAUUUUGUUAGCUGUUCCUUUCUUGUUGGUGAUGGAUUACUCUAUUGGUGUUCUUCCUACAACUUUUCUAGUAGAAGUGACCAGGAGGUGUAGGAAGAAAUUGUUUCUUUGGUUAGAAACUUGAAACUAAGAUUAGAAACUAAUUUAGUUAAAUGGGGUAUGUUGUAAUCUUGUUUGUUCUUCGAUGUGGCUUAGGUUUUAAAUCCCCUUCACUGCCUUGAGACCUUGAGAUUCUUGCUUAUCUUAUACCAACAAGGUGAGGUAAGUAAAAUUAUGAUAAAUGCUCAUGGAUUUUAAGGUAAAGGUUUUUUUUUAAAGCAUAUUUUGAACUGUUUUGAGAUGGUGGUGAGACCUAAACAUGAUUUUUAUUAGCACAUAAUCAUGAAAGGUUUGAAAUGGAGUUAUUAUUUUUAUUGAGUUGAGCAUACCUACAUGGAACUUAACUGUUCUGGUAACCUAAAAUUGGAUUGUAAGUUGAGAUUUUCUUGUUAACUCAUACAUAGUUGUAAAUGAUGAAUUUUCCUUUUGAACUCCUACAUGGUUUUGUCUCCAAUAAGGUCAUGAUUACUGACGCCCACUAGUGGAAGUUUGCAAACACUAGCACAUGUUGACAUGUAUACUUGUAGAAUCGGUUCAACCUGUAUUCUUACCAGUGGGAUAAUACACUGGUAAUUACUGUGCUCGCUAGUGGGAGGUUUAUGAAUGCUGGCCAUGACUUAUAGAGGAGAUGUUUAUUUCAUUCCUGUACUUGUACCUGUUUUUCUUUAUACUUGAUUACACUUGUUGGCAUGCUAUAACUUUAAUUAAGGGCUAUCGGUAUUUUUACUUACUGAGUUAUCUCACAUAAUUUUUCCUCAUCCACCAUUUCAGGUAGUGAGACUCGAGACGUGGGAUAUCAAGGGGAGUGAUGAGCUAGAAGGCUAGCCAUUCAUAUUUUGGACAUAGAUUUUGAGAUACAGAUCAUUUUUUUGUAAGUUAGAUUUUAUUUUAAGAUACUAAUCUAAGUUUAUGUGGAUUGUUAGUUAUAAAUUUAGCAAGUUUCA